AUGGCCUCGGUGAACUCAAUAUCAUCUGAGAAAGACCAUGACGAGGAGCGUGACAUCAUGCAUGACGAUGUCAUCGAGGAUGAAGAACAGGACAUCAGUGUUGAAUUGGAUGCGUCUCAAAGGGAACACCUCGAAUAUGUCCAGCGAUUAGACGAAUUUCUUGAGCCCCUGUGCUUGGAAGAGGCCGUGUUGUACAGACUGGCGCGUCGCUUUUCCGGCACAUACCGCCAUUUGGCGUUGACAUCGGAUCAACAGUUUUUGCCAACCCCCGUAACCCAGCUGCCGACAGGAGAGGAGACGGGUCGUUAUUUGGCGAUCGAUGUAGGUGGAAGUAACCUACGGGUUGCAUUUAUUGAAUUGUUGGGCGAGGUAGAUGAAUCUGGUGGAUCCGGAGAUGCCUCGGAAAGGUCGCGCGACACCAUUCGCAAGGCUCAACGACAACGAGUGAAACGAACAUUGGAGCGAGCAUGGCCGAUCCAGGAGCAUUUAAAAAUGGACAAGGCUGAGGAUCUGUUUGCUUGGAUUGGUGAUUGCAUUGCUGAGGUGGUGGCGGAGAGUCUCACUUCGGACGCAACCCGGAAAGACAACCCUGCGGAACUAGAUAUGGGAAUCACUUUCAGUUUUCCUAUUAUGCAAGAAUCCCUAGCGGAAGCUACAUUGAUGCCCAUGGGUAAGGGUUUUGCCAUGUCAUCAAACCUCAAUCUUCGUGACAUUCUUUUGAACGGCUACGAAAAACACACAAGGCGACCAGAAGACGAAGAAGAGCCUUCGUCUAAACGUCGGAAGCUGUUUGCCCUCCCAAAGCUGAAGAUACAGGCCAUCACCAACGACACUGUAGCGACACUAGCGUCACUCGCAUAUGCCGUCAAAUCGCUACCAAACAGUCGAGUUGCGAUGGGAAUUAUUGUGGGAACAGGGUGUAAUGCAACAAUUCCGAUGAAACUCAGUGAGCUGCAUGAAUCCAAGGCGAAGAGUGUCAACACAAUGGAGCCGGGAGCUACGGAGACCAUUGUCAACACUGAGUGGACCAUCUCUGGUGCUGCCCCGCCACUCAUCGAGCUGGACAUUACUACUAAAUGGGACAUCCAAUUGGACAAAGCCUGUGUACGCCCUGGCUUCCAACCAUUUGAAUACAUGACCGGAGGACGAUACAUUGGCGAAUUAAUUCGUCUGAUUCUGUUCGACUAUCUCACGACCGUGGCAGAGCUGUCGAAACGAAUUCUCCCUGCGAACCUCAUCCAAGAAUACGCUUUGACCACCACCUAUAUUUCCGACCAUGUGGCCCGAGCCCGAUCUGACCAAGAUCUCGCCAAGGAACUAAACCAAUCUCUUCCUCCUCCAGAGAGCAGCGACUGGCGCUGGGAUGCCCGUACAGCAGGUGCAUUCCGCCGAAUCGCUCGAACCGUGCAAAGACGAUCGGCCGGACUGAUCGCCGCCGCCGUAAUUGGAUUAUUAGCAUGCUGUCGCGAAAUUGAACUGAAAGAAGACAGUAACGUCAAUACACCAGAGAACGCGGCUUCCCCACAAAGUAAUGGCGAUGUCUCCGCUGCCGCUGCUGCUGCCGCUGCUGCUGCCGCCAAUGUCCAACCCUCUACCAUCCACAAUGUUCACGGACAUGUUGUCCCAGUCCUACAGCCCACCCCGGCAGAUUGGCAAUUUGGUCCGGAGGAGCUGGUUGUAGCUUACACUGGAGGUAUCAUCCAACACUACCCGCAGUUCAAAGAAAUGUGCCAGCAAUAUAUCGAUCGCCUGAUUAUGCGGACUGGUCCGCAGCGAGGAGGAAAGUCGGUAUUCUUACGAGAAGCUUCGGAUGGUGGUGUUAUUGGUGCAGGCGUUUUAGCUGGUAUGGUUGUCAGCAAGUAA